AUGUCCGUCUCGAGACUGCGGCAACUAGGGCCGACACCGGGCGACCUCGAGUUCCUGGCCAUGGAACGGACGAUCGAGAUCGUGCCUUCCGUCAAAGUACCUCUGGUCGAAGGCCUCGAUGGUGUGAGUAAAAACUCACCUCCUAAUGAGUCCCCGCAUCGUCUGUAUGGACGGUGCAUAUCACCUCCGGGCGACUCUCGCAUCCGCUCUCUUGCUCCCCAUCAACUCACCGCUGACCUCUUGCUCCCCUUCACCAGCCUUCAAUACGCUACGGUCCUCUAAAUCCACCGCAAAAAUCAACCGUGCCGCUUUGGUUCGCGGUGCACCUCAAAAAGAAGCGCAAGUGUCGUAUUAUCGCUCCGACAUGGCUCGCCAUACGUCAGUUUCCAGCGAUGACAUACGCAGGUCAUUGGAUGUUGCAGGGUACAUCCCGGCAGUCAUCACAACUAAUGUAUUGUGACUCACGUCUUCACUCGACAGCGCGGCUCGAGAACACAUUGCAAGAGGAAACGACAGACGAAGGCUUUUCGGACCUGCCGAGGGAUUACCUUGAGGUGUCCAAAAUUCUACUUGAAGUGCAAGUUCCCUACUCUAAACUCUCCCAGAUGGGUCUAAUCAGAAUUGACCGAGUCAGGUCUGUUGUUAACCACAACAGUGCUUCGGAUGACGUCGCUCAACCGGACAAGGUUCGGCUCUUGCUCAAGGAUAUUCGGGAGGCUCGUCAGGCCAAAGUCCGCGCAGGUCUCGCAGCCCUCAACCCGAUACAUCUUGCCGUAAGCGUUGCACUUGCCUCAAGAUGACUCUUAGAAUAAAUCUUAAACAGGUGCUGAUCAAGCUCUUACUGCAUUUGGUACUCCAUAGAUGCCGAACCUCGCUUCCCUCGAAGUGAACGAAUUACGGCCCUUCUUCGCCUUAGCGCACAAGCGCAUGUCCAUGCUCGACCCCGAAGCCGAACGCCACGAAGAGAUCGAGCAGCUAUGGUUGGAGAAACCGAAUGAAGCUGCGAGGAGAGCGGAAUUGGGUGAAUAUGAGGCCGGUGGGGGUGGGGCGAGGAGCGAUCGGGAUGGGACCGAAUUCAGUGGUGCGGGUGGGGGUGAUGGGUCUAUCUACUGA